AUGGAUAGUGUAAUUCAAAAAAGAAUUUUUGUCGGAAAUAUUUUCCAUAAUGCAGAUGAUUGUUAUUCAGAACUACUAGAUCGAUUUGGAAAAUUUGGUGAUUGCCAAGAUUUUCAGUUUGAAAAACACAACCACUUUGCAUUUAUCGAUAUAAGGUUUAAUGAUGAGGCAGAUUUUAACAAGCUAAGAAAGAGCUUUAAUAAUGUUAAGUUUAAAGGGAACAUUUUGAAGGUUGAUGAAGCAAAGCCGAAUUGGGAAAGCACCUGGGCGGUACAACAUGCAAAGGACCUUAAAGAAGAUAUUAUACUAAAUGCUAAAAUGAAAAAAAAGAAUUGGCAACAUUAUAAGAAAAUGGAAAAUGUAGCGAAAAGUUGGAAAGAUCAUAAGGAAGUUAUUGCUGGCAGAAUGAGGGAGGCGCCGAGAAAAAGGAGUCAAUUGAGGAACAUUACAUUCAGGAUCAAUGUCAAUGGUUCAUUGAAAGUUUACAAAUGCUAUAAGACUAAAUUAUGGGGUUAUGAAAGGAACAAAGAAUUGAAUGACCUUGUGUACAAGUUUACAAAUAAUUUCUGGAAAAACGGAUACAACCACAUUGUCGAUAGAUUGGAUUACAGUCGUGCUGUUAAAACUGUUCGAUUCAAAAAUGGGCUGAAACAGUUAACAGUGUCAAAAGAUGAAAACGUUUGCAGUGGAGAGAUGGACAGCGAUGAGAAUAUGUCAGAAGAGGAGAAGGAGAAAAAUAAUGUUAUUCUUAAUGACCUAUUAAAGGACUUUGACUUCGAUAAGCCAAUGACGUUGAAUGAUUCGGACGAGGAACUUCUGACAGAGCAACGUAAAGGAGAGGAAGAAGAAGAAGAAGAAGAAGAAAAAGAAGUAAACGCUCCCGAAUACGAGAAUGUUAAUAAGACGAAGGACCAGAGCACCCUACCACAAGAAAAACCAGAGGAAAGGAAAGAACAGGACGAGGGCGACGGGCAGGAGGAUAAUGAAUUUAUUCCGACUUUCACCAAGGAAAUUGGUCAAGGUACAAUAAGCAACACUGAGACGUUAAGAAACCUAUUCAACCCCAACGAGGCAGAACCUGUAUCACAAUUCAAAUUGAUUGAAGAUUCUGAUAAUGAUAUUGAUCAUGCGAAAGAUGUUGAUGUGAACCAACUGGAGGAAGAAGUAAGUAAAUCAUCUGACACCCUAGGUUUGACAUCGGCUCCCGUACCACAUGUAUCUAGAGAUAAAGAUAACAAAAAUUUCUUGUUUUUCCCUCAUUUGCAAUCGCCAUUUUUAGUAGGACAAACACAGUUGAGUAAAGUAAGGGCUCCUGGAAGAGAAACAAUGCUAUCGAACUGGGAUGAGGAGUUCUGGGCUAACAGAGGUAAUUGGACCCGUGAUAUGAGGCGCAAAAUGAAAGAUGCAUUGAAGCACCGUAAGAGGAAACAAUCAAAGAGCGGGCUUCUUCUAUAG